AUGCAUCUCAUUCACACCGGUGAAGUUUUUGCUCUUAACGGUAAAAACCAGUACCAAAGUCAGACUGUAAUCAGGCUUUGCCACAUCCAAAUAGGACAGAUAAUCCUGGACAGACCAAUUGAUCUAGGUGAAAAUUCUUCCAGCGGUGUUUACGUUGCCUUGAGAAUGCGCGGCAACACACGUCGCAUUCUGCGCUCCCCUGAAGUUAGCCUCAUUUUACCCAAACACCCCUCAUCUUCCACCGUCUCCGCUACAGCCGCCAAUUCAGGUACCCGCUGUGUUGGUGCCUACAUUCCCAUCGACCUCAACUGUACUAUUCAGUACUCUCAUAUUCUCAAAUUGGACUCUAACAUUCUGCAAAUCCUCCUUCAGAAACGCAAAAAGUAUAAAAACACGACGAUGAAUCUGGGAUAUAAAACCCUUGCCUAUUGCAACAUUAGUCUCUCGCAGGUUCUGCAACGUCGUAUUGAACACCGCUUUCUCAGCAUGCAUUCGAAUCCCAAGUGCGUUGGGCCUGCGAUCGCUCGCAUAGAGGUUCAUUGUCUCUCCACUCUACCUUGGGAGCGCGACCCCAUCAAUCCUGGAAAUAAAGGUGAGGUAGAAUCCGAUGGGUUCCUGGAGGAUGGCUGCCUACUGCCUGCAGACGUUUUCUCAGACGAUGCGGAUGACGAUUCAGACAGUGACGAGGAGGUGGACAUGGAGGACGUUGAGGCUAGUCGUUGUGGGCAUGUCGGUGGGGUGUCUUCAACCUCCACGGCUACUGCCAUCGCUGAUCGCAGUGGUCAGAAGAAGGUCCUCAAGUCUAUGUCCGUUGGGCAAAUCAAGCAAAAAGUUAUUAGCCUCCUCAAGCGGCUCAAACUGGCUGAUCCUAAUGAGGAUAUCGACACGGGCACGACGUUGCACCUCUGGGAGGAGAUUGAUAAAAUAGAGGCGGUGAGCGAUGUGGACGAAGACUCGGAUCUUGACACGGGAGGCACAGCUGAAUCGGGCUCCCUCCAAAGCGUUCCGCGGCCCUCUAUUCGACCCUUUUUUGGCCACACUGGUAGCUCUGAGGAGACUCUUAGUCUGGACGCUGGAGCUCGUCUCUUGCGUCGGUUGCAAAAGGAAGCACUGCUGACAUCGGAUCCAAUGACUUCUAGACAAGCACCAGUUUUACCUUCACCAGCUUCGGGAAUAACAGGCCCAUUCAAUGAGUCCUCCACGACUACAGAGACGGAUCUGCGGCGUCAAACAACAACCACCACCAGUGGGGGUCGUGGCGGUAUCAAAUUUCCACCUCGUUUCGGGCCGAUCAAAACGCGGCGCACCGUGCCCACCGCCAAACGGCGUCAGGUAACGUCUUCACCUCCAAUGGCGGGUGUUGGUUCAACUGCGGUUGCUCCAGUACCUUUCAAGACAAGUCCCUUCCUUAACGGUCACUAUGAGGGCGGGGAAAGAAGCUAUGGGAGGAACUCGGAUAUUCUUAAUCCACCUACAGCAACUGACCUUGAACCUCUUGAAUAUGUAAGUUUAAUGCUCCUGGUUCCGUAA